AAGAUAAAGUUAGGAAUCUGCUGUAAGAGUAAGUGUGUGCAAGGAGAAACGUGUAUUGUUGACUUCAAGAAACCACAGUUGUAGACCAAUAAUUUAUCAUACUAUUGAAUAUUCUUUUAUUUUGGGGGUUUAUCUAGUGCACACUUCAUAGACAUGCAUCGGCAGGCACUCAACAUCUUAGCUACCAUAACGAUAUUGGCUUUGAUUCCUUCAAACGAUGCAAGGGAUCUUCGCAAUGUCACGGAACCAAAGACGCCUCAGACCUGCAUAUCUCUGAAGGCAGGUGGCAAAGACGACACAGAGAGCAUCCAAAAGGCCCUGAACUCUUGCACGAAAGGCAAAGCUGUUGCGUUGGCCUCCGGAAAUUUCAACUCUGGGCCAUUCACCAUACCAUCAGGUGUCAGUCUUCUGGUGGACAGCGGGGUGGUUCUGAGGGCCAUACCAGAUCCUAAGUUGUACGACCGAGGUUCAGAUCUCUGCGGUACCAUAGACGACAUUGGUGAAGGGUGUAAACCUUUCAUCACAAUUUCCGGAGCCGAAGGCAGUGGAAUCUAUGGUAAGGGUACGAUCGAUGGUCAAGGUGGACAUAAAAUGAUUGGAAAUAACAUCACCUGGUGGCAUCUGGCCAGAAAUGCGUUGGCAGUACACAGGCAGCAGAACAAUCCUACGCUCGUGUACAUUGUAAACUCCACUGACAUCACCUUGUAUCAGAUAACCAUCGUGUUCUCGCCGUUCUACCACGUCCAAUCCAGCAACACCAACGGCUUCACCGUGUGGGGCGUAACCGUCAAUUCUUCCAGCAGCGCGCUCAACAGCGAUGGCAUCGACCCGACAGGGUCGAUCAACGUGACGAUCGCCCACUGCAACAUCAGCACCGGCGACGACAACAUCGCCAUCUCGUCUCUGCACGGCCCCGCGAGACACAUCUCCGUGUUCGACAACUACUUCGGCCACGGCAAUUCAAUGGCGAUAGGCAGCGGCACUCUUUAUGGCGUCAGCGAGGUGACCGUCUCCAACAUGACGAUGAACAGAGUCCGCUACGGACUGUACAUCAAGAGCGACACUUUGAACGGCGGACUGGUGGCGAACGUCACCUACGAAAACAUCUGCCUCUAUGAUUCUCCCUGGCCGAUCACUCUGACCACGAACUACUACCACAAGACGGGCAACCACACGCCAGUGUACCGAAACAUCCACUUCAACAACAUAAGGGUGCUCACCAAUGGGACAUUCACGCUGCACGGUCUCAGCAAGUCCUAUCCAAUCGAGGUCUCCUUCAACAACGUGCAUGUCGCUAAAGGUUCUAAAUGGUCCGUAAGAUACGCACAAGUGAACGGAACUUGGGAAGAUGAUGCUAGUGGCAGUUCAUGCAGUAAUCCCAGUAACUAAAUUUACCCUGGGACUAAACAAUUAAAAGGAAGGUGUGCACAUGAAGAUAAGUAAAUAAUGGUUAGUUGCAGUGACUUUUUCAAAUUCUCUUUUUUUUUUUUUCAAAUUAUAACAAACUGUAUUAUCUGCUGUGAUAAGUUCACUCACAGUUUCCAGUUAUUUGACACCUUAUAUUAUGUAAUAGCAAAAUAUUUAACUGUAGUUUAUGUAGUAAGUCAUAAGGAUAGUGCGUUGUUUUAUAUUCUUGAUUUUAUAAUGUUUGUUCUCAUGACCUUUAUAUUUCUGCAUUCCUUGUUCUGUAAAUCACAUUUUGGAAAAUUUAUUUCGAUUAAAAUAUGUGUGUACAUGAUGUCCACAACAUUAAAGAAUUUAUUUUCAUACAAUUUAUACCUAGAUCCACAUACAUACUUUAAAAGUCAAAUGUGAUAUAGUUAAUAUUAUAUAUGUCUUAAAAGCUGUACUAUUCUAAUGCCAAUAUUUAGGUCUGUACUUGUAAAAUUAAUAUAUUAAACAUAUUUUUAUGUUUUCAUGUUAUGAAGUUAUGAAUUCUUUAUUUUUAAUAAAAAAUAUUCAAAUACA